AUGGUCGACAUCACGUUCUUCGCAUAUCCCAGUCCCUUGGUUUGGUGGCACCUUGUGCUGAACCAGUUGGCUCGGGCUUUCGGUGCCUUCAUCAUUGGCUGCUUUGGGAUGGGUGGUGGGGUCAUCUACGUGCCAGCCCUGCUGCUGCUGCCUGGUGUGAACUCGAGCGUGGCUGUGCCCACGUCCUUUUUCGCGGGCAUUUUCGGUGCAUCUGCACGAUUCAUCCAAGCUUACCGCUCGGGUCGCUGCAAUCUACAAGCUUGGCCUUUGCUGAUUGGUGCAGCACCAGGGGCUGUGGCCGGCCAGCUGCUUUUACCGUAUAUCCCAACCUCCAUUGUGGCUCUUGCUGUGGCACUGAUUUGCAUUCGCAGCGGUGUGAUGAUUCAAAUCAAAGUUGCCAAGGAGUACGCCGCACAGCAAUCCGAGAAAGGCAUGCCGAAAGCCCAGGCUGGAACUAGUGAAGCUCCUCCACCGGAGCUACUCUCAGCUAUCGGGAUGAGAGAAGUCGAAGCUGAACAUGUCAACAGUGGCAACAUGGCAGCUAUAGCAUCUUCCGACAAGACGGCUGCUAAGCAAAGCACUCAAUGCGCUGCAUAUUGGUGUUUGCCAUGUGGAACAUGGACCCCGCAGCCGCAAGCCAAAUCCCAGGAGCAACCUGAGGAGACCUCGCCGACAGCUGCGUCAGCUACGUCACGGAAGGCAGAAGAGCCAGCCAGUUCCGAGAAAUCUCCACCCGCCGCAUUUCCAUCUUCACCCACGUGCAUAGCUACAGCAUUCGUCGCAGCUUUGCUCUCGUCCAUUGGAGGGGUUGGAGGACCUUUGAUCUUUAUACCAAUGUGGAUGCAAUUCGCGGGAAGCACACCGCCCAAGACUCUUUUGGCCAUAUCUACCGUCUUCACCUUCACUAUUACGCUUUGUGCUUGCGUCUCAGGCUUCUUCGUUGGAAAAGUCGACGCAGGAUUGGGCCUCCUCAGUGGCUUCACGUCCGUGGUGUUUGUAUUAGUGGGCGGCCGCUGCAUGGAACUCCUUGGCGACAGCAGUCUGAAGUGCAUCACCGGCUUUGCGCUCGCUGCCUUGGGCGCAGCUGUCGGCAUCCGAGCCCUACUUUCGAUGCUCGACGCCUAG